ACCCAACGGACCCAAACGAUCUUGCGCCACCUUUCUUCAAGGAGGCUUUAACUUUUUUCCAACCUCUAUAUUGAGACGUCAUAACUCACGUGACCGCCGCUUUUGCAAAAAAAAGUGAAAGAAGGAAAAAGUGACAAUUUUGCGUGCAUCUGUUCCGUCAGCAGAACUACAGAAAAUAAUGUCAGGUUUCUGGUUUGAUAUCAGACCUCUGAAAGAGCCGCUGGGAUUUGUACGUAUCCUGGAGUGGGUAUUGGCCAUAUUUGCAUUUGGGUCGAUUAGUAAUUAUGUCGGAACCACCAGCUUCAAUAUCCAGUGUCCAGGGACUGGUAUCCAACAGAUCAACAUCUCCUUUGAAUACCCUUUUAGACUUAAUAAAGUCGAGUUUGAUGUGCCAACCUGUGUCAACAAAACAGACAUGAAAAAGUACUAUCUGACUGGAGACUAUUCAUCUUCAGCUGAGUUCUUCAUUGCAGUUGGCGUCCUGGCCUUCCUCUACUGUAUCAUCAUACUUGUGGUGUAUACUGGCUACUAUCAAGUAUAUAGCGAGUCAAAACGUGGACCUAUUAUUGAUCUGAUAAUAACUGGAAUCUUCACAUUCUUGUGGCUGGUGGCUUCGUCUGCCUGGGGAAAAGGCCUGACUGAUGUGAAAUGGUCUACUAGUACAUCACAAUUCCUUUCCGUAAUCAGUGUCUGUAAGAAUCCCUCGAACAAGUGCGCAUCAGGUGCCGUUCCUCUAUUUGGCCCCCUCAAUUCUUCAGUGAUUGCUGGCUUUCUGAACCUCAUCUUAUGGGCGGGAAACUGCUGGUUUAUUUUUAAGGAGACGCACUUCCAUGCACAGGCUUCUCCUGCCAGUUUGCAAGGAGCAACAAGACAGCCUUGAUGAAAAGAGUAAGACAAAAUGGCUAUGCUCACAGUUGCCCGUUACAGUUCAAACAGUUGUGUUUCAGUGUCUGCACUUCCUGUUUUGACACUGCAGAUCACAGGAAGCGACGGUUUGGUUUACAGUAUCGUUGUGUAAUACACUCUUUUGAAACUAGUGCACUGCCAUUUAACCUACUCUAAAUUACUCAGACAUAGUCUCAAGAAAGCAAGAAAAUCAAUAUGUAUAAUCAUUAAUAAUCCAGUAGAAAGACACACUUUACAUGCUCUAUAUUGAAUACAAGGUUUAAAUAACUAAUUAACACUUCCUGUCAUUGAUGACUGCUUUUGUACUGUUUGGUACUUUGAUCCUUUUCUUUUUGCAAAACUAUGCAUUUUAAAAAAAGUGUCGUGUAUAUUUAUGAAUUUAGAAAAUAAUCCCCAGGUAAUGUGACCUUAAGAGACAACAUGUGAAUGAUAAAAGUAGAUUAGUUGCUGAUAGAUUGUUAGAUUUGGGGACAUCGGUUACAGAAACUAUGCAUACAGCAUGAACUAUGAAAUGCAUUUGAGCUGCCUUCAUUUAUUUUAUUGAUUUUUUUUUCAUUUUCAUGUGAAAUAGACCAUUACUUAAUAACAUUUCUUGUUUUGUUUUGUUUUAAGCACUGUUAUUUUUAAAUGAUUUAGAUAUACUGAAAGUCUUCUUAUACAAUUUUGCUACAAAAGUUGUCUACCAAUUUUUUAGUAAUAUGAAAGUGUUUUAUUCAUUUAUUUUGCAUAUAUGAUGUCCAAAUGUGGCUUGGAAAAUUGUGUUGUUUUUAUAUUGUGUACUGUAUUGUAUAGAAAACAUAUUUUGUGUAUACACUGAUGAACCUGUUCAUCAUGUUAUGUGGUUAAGAAUCUGUUAAACCAAAGCAAAAAAAUUUAAAAUAAAAAAUACAAAUACUUUUACUGUAAAACUGACUUAACUUUACAAGUUGAUUGUAAGAGCUGUAUGACACAAUUAUAUUUUAAUUAAAGGAAAAUUCCACUGUGAAGAUA